AUGGGGUGUUGCAGUAGCAAGAGCGUUGAUUCCAAAGCGAGCCGCGUUGCUCGGUGGCGCUCCACCGGCAUCGUGGCCUUGCGCGACUCUAAAUUAAAGACAUUUCCAGAUGAUGUUCUUGAUUUAGAAAGAGCAGUGCGCACGCUUGAUUUGACGCACAACAAGUUAGUGGAAAUCCCCAUGGAGAUCAGCAAAUUGAUUAACUUACAGCGGUUGAUUUUAGCCGAUAAUGUUAUUGAUCGUCUUCCGAUGAACUUGGGAAAGCUUCAGUCUUUAAAAGCUAUGACACUUGAUGGAAAUCGAGUUACUACAUUACCUGAUGAAUUGGGUCAGUUGGUUAAACUGGAGAGGCUAUCGAUAUCUGGAAAUUUGUUACUCAGCCUGCCUGAAACUAUAGGGAGCUUGCGCAAUUUGGUUCUGUUAAAUGUGUCAAACAACAAAAUAAAGUCUCUUCCAGAGUCAAUCGGUAGUUGCUUCUCUUUGGAGGAAAUUCAAGCUAAUGAAAAUUCUAUCGAAGAGCUUCCAUCAUCAGUUUGCAAUCUGGUUCAUCUAAAGUCACUCUGCUUAGACAAUAACAAUGUGAAGCAGAUACCUCCGAACUUAUUGAAAGAUUGCAAAAGUCUGCAGAGUAUAUCCCUCCAUGGCAAUCCCAUUUCUAUGGAUUAUUUUCAGCAGAUGGAAGGAUUUGAAGAAUUUGAAGGUCGGAGGAAACGCAAGUUUGAUAAACAGAUAGAUUCCAAUGUGAUGAUUAACUCAAAAGGCCUUGAUGAGGGUGUUGAUCUCUGA